GGGAACAGGAGAGGAUAUAAAAGCCAGCAGAAGCUGAGAGCUUUCUCAAGCUCUACUUUGUUGAUAGCAGAACCCAGAAGAGAACUGGUCAACUCCUGAAGUUUUAAGCCAUGGCGCAGGGACUGAUGACAUUCAGAGAUGUGGCCGUGGACUUCUCUCCGGAGGAGUGGGCGUGUCUGAGCCCGGAACAGAGGAGUUUAUACAGAGACGUGAUGCUGGAGAGCUACAGCCACCUCAUCUCCGUGGGACUGUGUGUUUAUCGGCCACAUCUGUUCUCCUUGUUGGAAAAAGGACAAGACCCCUGGAUGAUUUUGAGGGAUGAAACAAAAGGACUUUAUCCAGUCACAAUUUUGCCAUUUUAA